AUCGGGCACAUAAUAAUGAAACUGAAUACUAAUAAUCUGUUUUGCAUACGGUAUAUAGCAGGCGGAAGCGGCGCUCGGCCCAGUCUGUGCCAGUACGUGAAGGUGAUCCACUUCUUUCUUAUUUUGGAAAUUAUCUACUCGACAGCGGCCAGCAUGCGCCCGCUGCAGCUGUGCGCGCUCGCCUGCCUGCUCCUGCGUCCGGCGGCGUCGUUCCUGCAGCCGCUGCACGACACCCAGGACGGCGUCCAGCAGACGGUGGUCUACACCAGCAAGGUGCUGUCAGACCCCAGCAAGUACGCGGCCAUCGCCGCCGCCGGCCUCAAGGACUUCGUGAACGCGCCCGACAAGUCGCGGCUGCCUCAGAAGGAGUACACCUGGGAGGAGCUGGCCUCGCAGGACGGCGCGGACGGCCGCAAGCUGCUGCUCGUCAUCAACGGGAAGGUCUACGACUUCACCGACUUCGCCGUCUAUCACCCGGCGGGCCCCGAGGUGCUGAAGAAGUACGUGGGGCGCGACGCCACGAUCGUGUUCCGCGAGUGCGGGGUGCCGCGCUGGCUGGAGGACGCCGCGCUCAAGAUGUUCCGUGUCGGCUGGGUGAAGGACUACCAGGCGGGGCAGUACGAGACGCCGCGCCCCGACAACAUCACCACCUUCAACGUACCGUUUCUGGGAUGAACAUUGAACUUCUACUAGAAUAUAUUGCUAGUGUAGCUUAACCCGUUCUGCCUUGCUACAUUUAUUAUUAUAGGUAUUCAUAGUUGCAUUGUAA